GUAACAGCCUAGAUCCACCUCGGCAUCCGUAGACAGGUCUAGACUUCAAAGCAGUUCGCCGAAGUAGGAGGGCGUUUAGGUUCCAGUCAGUGUCGGGAAAAUCUGUUUAGUGUGUGAUUUUUGUCCCUGGAUUUUCUUCCUUUUUUUUUUGUCGUCACAGUAGUGGUGUUGUUUCGCCCAAGGUGAUGCGUGGAGUUGGUGCUGUCUGGACCCCUGGGAUUAUCUUCAGAGGGCAGAGGCAUACGGCAGAAGUGCCGAGGUGGUUAUAUGUAAGGGGAACCAGCAUGUGGGAUCUUAGUUUCCUGACCAUGGAUGGAACCCACGCCCCCUGCAGGAGAAGCACAGAGUCCUAGCCACUGGACCUCCACAGAAUUCCCUUCUCUAGCAAAUGAAUCAACCCAAGGAGGGGGUCAUUGGAUCCUGCGCUCUGUGGCCAGUUGCUUGGAAGCACAGGUCCUGAGUCCCCAGGAGCAAAAGAAUCAGUCGAAGGAGGAAGAAGUUAUAGGAUUUGGUAGCAGCAUUUUCUUGGGAUAUGCUUGGUUGAAGACAAGUUUCAGAACAGAAAUUGAGAGCAGAUCCACGAGAUACAUCAACAGUGUUUUCAGAGAACAGAAGAAAAUGAUCCAAGCCCAGGAAACCUUCACAUUUGCUGAUGUGGCCGUGGACUUCACAUGGGAGGAGUGGCAGCUCCUGGCCCCUGUUCAGAAGGCCCUGUAUCGGGAUGUGAUGCUGGAGAAUUAUAGCAACCUGGUGUCUGUGGGUUUUCAAGCAAGCACACCAGAGGUACUCUCCAAACUGGAUCAAGGAGAACCAUGGAUGAUGGAUGAUGAAAUCCACUGUCAAACCCAUUCAGAAGUCUGGAAAUUUGAUGACCACCUGCUGGAGUACUUACAAAAUGAGAGCAUGGAGAAGAGACUAGAACCAUGGCAUGAACAGAACCCACUAGAAAAUGCUUUUCAUCAGAGCAUAACUCAUUUUCUGCUCAGGCAGCAUCAUGAUGUGUUUGGUUUACAUGGUAAAUGUAUGAAAUCAAAUUUAACUUUACUUUCUCAAAACCUCAGCUAUGAAAUAAAGAGCUCCAGUGAGUUUACUGGAGAUGAGAAAUCCUGUCGCCAUGCUGACAGUGAACAGUUUCAUCCUAAAAUUAAAUUCCCCCAAAGCCAAAAACUCAUCAGCUCCAAAUCCCCAUUCAAUGAGCAUCAGAAAACUAAAAAAACAGAGAAGCCUCAUGUAUGUGAUGAAUGUGGGAAAGCUUUCAUCAAAAAGUCUUGGCUCACUGAUCAUCAGAUAAUUCACACAGGAGAGAAGCCCCAUCGAUGUAAUCUUUGUGACAAAGCAUUCUCUAGAAAAUUCAUGCUCACUGAACAUCAGAGAACGCACACAGGAGAGAAACCUUACCAGUGUACUGAUUGUGGCAAAGCCUUCCUCAAGAAAUCACGGCUCAAUAUACAUCAGAAAACCCACACCGGAGAGAAACGGUAUAUCUGCAGUGACUGUGGAAAGGGCUUCAUCCAGAAGGGAAAUCUCAUUGUACAUCAGCGAAUUCACACAGGUGAGAAACCUUACACAUGCAGUGAAUGUGGAAAAGGCUUCAUCCAGAAGACCUGCCUCAUCGCCCAUCAGAGAUUUCACACGGGAAAGACUCCUUUCGUGUGUAGUGAGUGUGGAAAAUCCUGUUCCCAGAAGUCAGGUCUCAUUAAACAUCAAAGAAUUCACACAGGAGAGAAACCCUUUGAAUGCGGUGACUGUGGGAAAGCCUUCGCUACAAAGCAAAAGCUCAUUGUCCAUCAAAGGACUCACACGGGAGAGAGACCGUAUACCUGCAAUGAGUGUGGGAAAGCCUUUGCCUACAUGUCUUGCCUUGGUAAACAUAAGAAAAUACACACAAGAGAGAAACAUGGAGAUGCAAUCAAGGGGGAGAAUCCUGCCUCACAGACAAGUGAUGCCAUGCAGAAGAAGAACCUUGUUAACUUGGUGGCUGUGCAUGUGCCUUCCAUGGCCCUUCAGCCAUCAGUCAACAUCAGUGAACUCCUAGCAAAUAGGAACGUCAUCAUAACGGGACCACCCGUGGGCAGGUGUGCACCCGCAGGAGAUGACAGAGGGUCUGCAGAGGACAGAACCCUUAAGAGUGCAGUGAGCAUGGUUGUGCCUUCGGUGGUCAACUACGUUUUAUUUUGUGUCACAGAAAACCCCAAAAUAUUUGCCAACACCUGCACUCACCUCCUAAUAUUGAGACAAGUUUCAGAGCAGAAAUUGAGAGCAGAUCCACGAGACACAUCAACAGUACCAGGUGUUUUCAGCGAACAGAAGAAAAUGAUCCAGGCCCAGGAAACCCUCACAUUUGCUGAUGUGGCCGUGGACUUCACAUGGGAGGAGUGGCAGCUCCUGGCCCCUGUUCAGAAGGCCCUGUACUGGCACGUGAUGCUGGAGAACUAUAGCAACCUGGUGUCUGCGGGUUUUCAAGCAAGCACAUCAGAGGUACUCUCCAAAUUGGAUCAAGGAGAACCAUGGAUGAUGGAUGAUGAAAUCCACUGUCAAACCCUUUCAGAAGUCUGGAAAGUUCAUGGCCACCUGCUGGAACACUUACAAAACAAGAGAGUGGAGAAAAGACUAGAACAAUGGCUUGAACAGAACCCACUGGACAAUUCUGGUCAUCAGAGCAGAACUCUGUUCAGGCACAAUCAUGAUGUGUUUGACUUACAUGGAAGAAGCGUGACAUCAAAUUCAAGUUUACUCUCCAAGAGUCCGAACUGUGAAAUAAAGAGCCCCGCUGAGCCUCCUGCAGAUGGGAAAUACUGCCCCCAUGCUGACAGGGAACCAUUUCAUCCUGAACUCCUCAGCACUAAGUCCCAACUCAUGGAGCAUCAGCACACUAAACAAAUGAAGAAGCCUCAUGUGUGCAGUGAAUGUGGGAAAGCAUUCGUCAAGAAGUCUUGGCUCGCUGAUCACCAGAAUCUUCAUACAGGAGAGAAGCCCCAUCGAUGUAACCUCUGUGGGAAAGGCUUCUUCAGAAAGUUCCAGCUCACUGAGCACCAGAGGAUGCACAUGGGGGACAAACCUUACGAGUGCGCUAAAUGUGGCAAAGCCUUCCUCAAGAAAUCAGGGCUCAAUGUGCACCAGAAAACCCACACGGGAGAGAAACCAUUUAUUUGCACUGAGUGUGGCAAGGGCUUCAUCCAGAAGGGAAACCUCGUGGUCCAUCUGCGGAUCCACACAGGCGAGAAACCUUACACGUGCACCGAGUGUGGGAAAGGCUUUAGCCAGAAGACGUGUCUCACGGCACACCAGCGGAUUCACACUGGCACGAGUCCCUUUGUGUGUGGUGAGUGUGGGAAGACGCUUUCCCAGAAAAUGGGUCUCAUCAAGCACCAGAGGACUCACACAGGAGAGAAGCCCUUUGAAUGCAGCCACUGCGGAAAGGGAUUUAUCGAGAAACCACAGCUCGUGAUACACCAGAGGAUCCACACGGGGGAGAAACCCUACAGAUGCAGCAAGUGUGGGAAAUCAUUCAGAGGGAAGUCGGUCCUCAAUAAACACCUGAGAACUCACUCAGUCAAGGAAAUCCCUCCCUCAGCGAAGUCCCCCCAGAGCAGUGUUGUCCUCCAGGAGAAAAACCUGAACACGGUGAAAAUGCACCUGCCUCCUCUGGCCCCUCAGUCGCCAGUUGGCAUCAGUGGGCUCCUGGCUAACAGGAGCAUGGUCUUAGUGGGACAGCCUGUGACCCGAUGGCCACCCACUGGAGACAACCAGGGGCUGGCCCAGGAGAGGACCCUUAUGAACUCAGUGAAUGUGGUCGUGCCUUCAGUGGUCAAUUGCAUUUUAUUUUAUGUCACUGGAAACUAGUAGGAAAAAAAAAAAAACACAUUGUCUGAGGAAAAGGGUUGAGCAAAAAUUUCUACCUCAGACGGUGGCUGAAAGUAUACACCGUAAGAAUUCAUAUGAAUGUGGAGACUGGAACGGCAUAAUGUCCUCAUCCAGUUAGAUAUAUGCAUUGGUACAGAGGAAUAAUCUCAUGUUAACCCAACAGAUACACUUCAGUUGUUCUACUGUGUCAAAUAAAUGAAGGAAGGUAAGGUAAGAAGUGUGUGGUUAGUCGUGU